AUAAGAAGACGUCACUUCCCUCCUUUUUCGAAAGGAAGAGAUCAUCAUCAGCAUCCAUCGAUAUAUCACACGUGCAAGCCCAUCUAUCAUUUAUUUAUUCGAUACCAAGACGCAUCAGUCACUUAUUACAACAUCAAAAACAUCAUCAUCAUCAUCAUCCACUACAACAACAGUCAACAAGCCCACCCGAGCGCUGUCGCCGUUCUUACACCAAGUGAGCAACAACAACAAGUUCAAUCAAGAACACCAUUCCAAAGAGCCAAAAUGAACCGCCAACAACCUGCCCGCCUCCUCACCACCUCCGCUCGCGUCUACCCCAGCUCCCUCCCCCACCUCUACCAAGCCUCCCACAAAUCCUCCAAGGGUCUCAAAUGGCUUCCACCCCUAGUAGGCAUCGCUGCCAUUGGCUACGGCAUCAGCACCUACCGUGAAGCCCAAAUGCAACGGCGCGUGGCGGCCAUGGAGCAAGCCGAGUUGGAGAGGCAGCGCCGCGCAAACAUGUUGGCGGACGCCUAUGGUGACCGUGGCAGUCUUGAGGAGCUGGAGCGCGCUGUUAGGGCGUAUGAGGCUCAGCAGAGGCAGUGAGCGAGCGAGUUUUGUGAUCUCAUCGCUGCUCUCCGCCGCCGACGCAUUCAUACGACAUGACGGCGACGGCGAAACUGAUCGACUGAGGCGACAAACGAUCUUGAGCCCGAUCAUCAUGCAAUGAUUUACGACGAUUUAGCGUUCUUGUUGGG